AAGAAGUAGUCAGGAAGUUCCAUAGACAGUAAAAGAAAGGAAGGGAAGUUCAUGCAGCGAAUGCAUCCAUCUGGGCUUACGGGACGCUGUCAUCUGCAGUAAUUGUGUUCUGGUGCAUUCGUUUGGAUGAAGAGAGAAGAGAGCCCACCGAUUGUAUCUUCAUGUAGGAGGCGCUGUUGACAUAAAGAAUACAUACUAUCGGGGAAAAAGUCGUUCUCCUAGGUAUAAGAAACCAGCAGCUGGCAUACAAAUAAUGAUUGUGUUGAAGUGCUAUCUCUCUCUUCCAUUGGUGGCAGGGGCAUUAUUAGUGGGUCUUCCUUACAGUAUCUCUCUGGUUGCCCAGUGGCUCUAUGGCUGGCCCAGUAAACCAGGGUACCAGAAAUAUUUAGAGGCUGUCAAACCAAGACGCAUAUACUGCCUGACAAGAGCCGUGCUUGAAAUGCUGAAGUAUCUACAGUAUGGCAAACUGUAUUUUCAGUGGAAACUGUGGUACAGUAAUGACAAAAAUAACAAGCACUAUGUGAAAGGCAUACCCUUUGGUCGCCGAGGGAAUAAGUUAGAUUUAUAUUAUUCACCAAGCACGGGUCUUUCUGAUGCUGCUCCUGUACCGGUGGUUGUAUUUGUGUAUGGAGGAGCCUGGGGUUCAGGAGACCGCUCUAUUUACUGCCUGUUAGCCUUACAGAUGGCAAAAGAGCUUAAUGCCUCUGUAAUAUGUCCUGAUUAUUCCAUAUUUCCAAAGGGAAAUGUGUUAAGUAUGAUUCAAGACAUUUCUGACAGUUUGCUCUGGGUGAGAGAAAAGGGACAUGCGUUCAAUCUUGAUCAAGACAACAUAAUAUUAAUAGGUCAUUCAGCAGGAGCUCAUCUGUGUUCCAUUACCACACUGUUUCUGGUGAACAAUGUAGAAGAAUUGUUCAUUGAGACCAACAAACAGAGAGAUCUUGUAUCGUCCAUUAAAGGAAUCAUAGGUCUGAGUGGUGUUUACAGUAUAUUGGAUCAUUAUAAGCAUGAGAAAAUGCGGGCUGUUGAAUAUGUGUCAACUAUGCACAAAGCUAUGGAUGGUGUGGAGAACUUUGAUUAUUAUUCACCAACAUCAUUACUCAAGAAAUUGAAUAAGGAUCAGUUGAAACGCGUUCCUCCGGUGGGUUUGCUCCAUGGAACCAAUGACAUCAUAGUUCCGGCGGAAUCAUCAGUGAUGUUCUCUGAGCUCCUGACUUCUCUUUCUGUCAGUAUGUCUCUUUAUCUAAUACCUAAAAUGAACCACACCGAGAUGGUCACUGACCUUAUGUCUCCGGACAGGCACUUUUACCAUUCUGUUUAUGGCUGUAUUAAACAGGAGUACAGAAAAUUUCAGGGUUAGCUUGAUUUAAAUUUUUGUAUUCUUAUUUUUAUUAUUAUUAGUCAUAAAAUCAUAAAAUUACUAAUAUAAUUUUCUAAUAUGCCAAACAGUCAUUAUCCUUAAGUCAUUAUAUGUUUUUUAUAGUUUAAUUGUAAGUUUACAUUCAAGUUCUGAUGAUGUUUUCCUCUGAAAUGUUUAAUUUUCCAUCAAAAUGUGUUCAAUAAGUUGAAAACGUUAGCUAUGUGCUUGCUCAUUUAAAUAAAAAAUCUGUUUAAAAAUCUACCUUUAAAGUGUAAUUAAAUGCAACGGAAAGAGAUUGUUCCAGUUAAAAUAGGAAUAAUUAAUGAAUAAAGAUAAAAUUAUGUUUCGCAUUCAAAAAUGCAAUGUGCAUAUUGGAGAAAUACUACAUUUUUAUACAUAUAUUUUAGGUUUACUUGUGUAAAUUCUUCUAUAAUGUUUAUUUGAAUCAUGCAUAAAUGUUUCUCUUUGUGUUCUAUUAGUAAUUUGGUUAUUGAUCUUCUUUUGUUUGUUUGCCAUUCACAGUUGAUGCCACAUGAUCUUAGAUUAAAUAACAUAUGCUUCAGCUGUGCAUGCUGCAGAAAUGUUAUUGAUUUAUAUUUGCUUUUGUCAUGACUGAUGAAAUGUUGUUGCCAAGGACACAAUUAUGUUCCUAAUCGGGUGUUUAGACCAGCAUUGAAUAUACUUUCAACCUUAUUGUGGGAGCAUAUAAUAUAUUAGGAAUGUAAAAUGGAUGUAACAUAACGUUAUAGCACAAGUGUAGGAUGUAUUAUUAUUGAGAAAUGUGUUUGAUUAAAUAUACAAGUGAAUAUAUUUACAUAUUGAUUGCACUGAAACUGUAACAUCAGCAUCAUGUACAAUUUACAUUCCUUUCUUCUUUUACUGCUGUGGCAGUAAAGGGCAUUAAACAAAAACUAUAAAUUCUGA